GACAACCUCAGCGAUGUGGAGAAGCCUAGGGCUUGCCCUGGCUCUCUGUCUCCUCCCCUAUGGAGGAACAGAGAGCCAAGGCCAAAGCCCUGUUUGUAAGCAGUCUCCAGCCUGGACCAUCGGAGAUCAAAAUCCGAUGCUAAACUCCGAGGGCACAGUGACAGUGGUUGCCCUGCUUCAAGCCAGCUGAUACCUGUGCCUUCUGCAGGCGUCCAGACUGGAAGACCUGCGAAUAAAACUACAGAACCAAGGAUACUUUAACAUUUCUUAUAUUGUUGUUAAUCAUCAAGGCUCCCCCUCUCAAUUAAAACACACACAUCUUAAAAAUCAAGUGUCAGACCACAUUGUUGUUUACCGACAAGAAGAACACCAAACAGACGUCUGGACUCUCUUAAAUGGAAACAAAGAUGAUUUCUUCAUAUAUGACAGAUGUGGCCGUCUUGUGUAUCACCUCGGUUUGCCUUAUUCCUUCCUCACGUUUCCGUAUGUUGAAGAAGCCAUUAAGAUCGCUUACUGUGAGGAGAAGUGUGGAAACUGCUCUCUCAUGAGUCUUGAAGAUGAAGACUUCUGUAAAAAUGUAUCCUCAGCUACUGCGGGUAAAACAGCGGGGCCUGCAGAGGCACGUCAGCAUGGCAAACACGAACGUGAGCACCUCGCAAGCAGUGAGCCUUCAGAGAAUCAGCAAGCAGGAGCAGUAGAUGUCGAGUCGCCGGUGCCCCCUUCAGGCCCCCUUCACCACCGGGAGCACAGGGGCCAGCACAGGCCGGGCCACUUAGAGAGCUGAGACACCGGGGCCAGUGAGGGUCUGCGACUUUCACUUGCCCAGAGGAAGCUCUGACGAAGGGGCUGCAUAAACCAGCUCCUGUGUAAGCUGUCCAAGGAGUCUGGGGCAGCCACGAGCAGCUGCUGCUGCCACUGCCGCCACCUCAUAUUUGAGAAAUCAGGGUCUGCAAUCACUUGACAGUGUGCCGAAAACCUCCCAUCUUUGUGUAGCUGACAGGGGCUUUUUGCGGAGGAGAAAGUCAUUGAAUCCUGACAGUGUCGAUCACCUCCAGCUGCCUGACAGAGUCACCCUCUCAGCCCCACAGAAGCCAGCUCCAAUUGAAGCUGAAACAAUAAUACCAAAAAGUGAAAAUGACACUCAAACUAAAUAUUUUAAAUUAGGUGUACAACCCCCCCAAGUCAGUCUAAAGACACAAUUUCAUUUCUAGAAGUCUGGCAACCCACUUAAUCAGUGAACUAAAAGUAGGAAUUGGACUUGAGCAAACAUGGAGAAAUCUACCAUAUUGGCCUCUAAAUUUAAAAUUUUAUGCCACAGAAAAUUUGACCCAAAUCAGAUUUUUACUAUGGGCAACUGAAAAGUGAUCGCAGCUUUUGGUUAAUAUGUCUUUCUUUUUCUUUUUCCAGGGUUCUAGUUACAUUUAUGAGAACAGAAACAUAAACUAUGACCUAGGGGUUUCUGUUGGAUAGCUCGUAACUUAGAAUGGAGAAGAAAGAACAGAGGCACAUUUUCCAGUUUUUCCCCUUCACUUAAACUCUCAAAAUAGGGAACUUUGUUUUUUUAAUCUUACAUUUUUAACCACUUAAAUCUUCACCAGACUACAUUUUAAAUAUCUUCUUAUCUUUUUUAUAUCUAAGACUCCUAGCUUGACUUUCACUAUAUCAACCUGUGUAUCUUGUUUUCUUUAUCUAGUGUUCUCUUACUCUUCUGAGUAUGACUUUUGAAAGAUGUAAUGGAAGAAAAGUAUGUUGCUAAUCUGCACACUGCUUAAAACGGUAUUUCCAUAAUCAAUGAUGGUUUAAUAGAGAAACUAAGCUCUAUGAACCUGAACUCUUAUAUGACUAAUACCAUUAGGCAAGAAUGCACUACAGAGUUGGUUAAGUACAGAUUUAUAUAAAUAAACGCAAUUUAAAAAUACUCAAAA